AUGUCCAGCACGUGUAUCUCAUUGUCGGGCUCGACACAAUGCCCGGCUUUUGACAGUUCCUCUGUCUCGACGAAUUCCAGCCUGUAUACAGAUUUUCCCUUUAUGCAAUACGUGUCGAACCUCACGCAAUUCGACAAUGAGUUAAGCAGCUAUGUCAUGCAGGGAUAUGUCAAGGAAAAGUAUGAGGAAUACUUGGGCUGUCAGGGGGUAAACUUGACGGAAACCGACGAUUAUUACGCCCGCUAUACGACAAGUGUUUUAUGUAGCAGCCUGGUACAAAGCUCAAAGAGUGAUUGUAACCUAUCAGAUGAAGAGUCAAGACCGCUUUGCGCUGAUACCUGCGCAUCAAUGGCGAUAAGUGAAGAGGCGAUAGUUACGGAUACUAACCUCUGCUCCGAAAAGGCAAGCGACUACAUGUCUCAAAUUCGGUCUGACUUUACGAUCUGCGCCCUACCAGCCGAUUCGCUUACGGUAACAUGCAUCACGGGAGCUGAAAACGAACCGAAGAACUGCGGAUAUCGUUCAAAUCUCUUGGGACUGUGUUCAUAUUGCGCCUCAGGAUCGUCAAAUUCCACCGAUUUGUGCUGUACAGAUUCGAAUGCUGCUACUCGGUGUUCGAAUGUCACAGUUCCGUCUUCGACGCUUCCCCCGAUAUUCACCUCUUCAGCUGCGUCCAACUCAACAGCAGGCUCCAAUGACUUAUCGGGAGGGCAAAUAGCGGGAAUUGUUAUAGGUUCGGUAGCUGGAUUUGCCCUUCUCGCCGCAUUAGCCGUGUUGGCAUUGAUUUAUUGGCGACGCAGGCGCCGGGCUGAGAAUGAUAGCUCACUGAAUCAGCCCAACCCCCAGAGGAAGGGGUCACCGUCAAUGCAGCAGGACCGAAGUCUGCAUGAGUUUGCUGCCAUACCCGGCGGUCGAGUCGCGAGGAUGUCCGCCUUGCGCGAAGUUUCCAGCUCAUCCCCCGCUCGAUCUCGGUACUCUGCUUUGUUCGGUGGCGGAAAGUACAGCGACACCUCGGAUUCCGACCACGGUGCUAGCCCUGGAGCAAUGUCGAAAAAGAUUCCCCCCACAACAGGAAAGCGCCAUGGCUCGCUAUCCAGUAACUCAGCCUUGGCUGGUGCGGGCACAGAUUCAUCCCCUCGUUCAGGAACCGGCGGCCAGUAUUCGUCACCGGACGGACUGACCAGCGGCCAGUCGGAGCAGCUAUCUGCCUUCCAAGACUACUACUCGCAGGAUGACAUUCAUCCGGGCGACAAGGUUGCCGUACUCUGGGCAUACCAGCCUCGGGCAGGUGAUGAAUUCGCGCUGGACCGCGGUGAAAUGCUGAAAGUGAUUGGCAUCUGGGACGAUGGGUGGGCUACUGGUAUUCGAAUUCCCGAAACGGCAGAGGAUCACGAUGCUCGGCACCGCGAGCAACGAGAUAGUGGUGUAUCUAAUGGCUCACGGCGGGCCGCUACAUCUCCCGCUCCCGUUGGGGAUAUCAAGGCAUUCCCUCUGGUCUGUGUAUGCCUCCCACAACAUUGGAGGAAGAUCAUCGACGGCGGACAAGCUGAAGACGACUGA